UUCAUUAACAUAGAUACCUUAAAAUAUGAGUAAUCAUUACACAAACACCGUUUCUGCUGUUUUUGUCUUGUUUUUUCUCGUCAUCUCAUCUGCCUCUUCAAGUUCCUUCAUACGGCAAUACACAGAUGACAUCAAAACAAACUUUCAACAGGAGAAUGGAGCAGUACCAGACGCAAUCCAGGGAGAAGCGCAUUACUUACGUAAACAUGAUCAAGAGAUCUCGUCACGUGACUAUAAAGUCUCAGCUUCAAACACAGUGAAGGGUCUAAGAGAUCGUCCUCCAUCUUCUUACUCUCUGAAGAUGGAGUCUUUUAACACGCUCCUCAAGUCAACCAACGCAGACAAAUAUGUUUCACGUCCUUUCUCGGCUGCUGGCUAUAAGUGGACACUUGUUGUGUACCCCAACGGGAACAAGAAUGAUAAUGGUGCAGGUUACCUUUCGCUUUACGUAGCCAUAGACAACUCAACUCUCUCUCCACACCAAGAGGUUUACGUGGAUCUCAGGUUUUACGUCUUCAACAGGGUAGAGAAGAAGUACCUCACGAUCCAAGAUACCGAUGGAUGGAGGUUUAGUUUUUUCAAAACGAUGUGGGGGUUCUCUCAGGUUCUCCCUGUUAAUACAUUUAAAGACUCAAACAACGGAUACCUAUACGAUGGAGAUCACUGCGAGUUUGGUGUUGAUGUGACCACUCCCACUGUCUCUAAAGAAUCCGAACUUUUCACUGUUACUGACAAGUUCAAUAACGCCAAGUACAUAUGGACUAUUCAGAAGUUCUCCACCUUGCUCAAAGAUAUUUACUACUCUGAUGUAUUUUCCAUUGGAGGAAGAAGAUGGAAUAUAAAAGUGUAUCCCGGUGGUAGUGCCACGGGAAAGGGAAAAGCUGUGUCCAUAUUCCUUGUCCUUAAUGAGAACGAGAAAUUAAGACCCUAUGAGAAAAUUUAUGUUGGAGCCAAGCUUCGAGUUCUUAACCAACGCAACCUCAAUAACGUCGAAAAGACAAUUGAUAAUUGGUUCAUUGGUCCGGCAUAUGGAUAUGGAUCUGGUUGGGGUUAUAAUGAAUUUAUCCCAUUCUCUGAUCUCAAAGAUUCAUCAAAGGGUUUUCUUGUGAACGAUAUAUUGAAGGUUGAAGUCGAAAUUGAAGCCAUUUCUUCAACCAAGUACUUCCCUAGUUAGAUUUUCUCUAACCAUGGAUGGAACUUGCAACUCUAUGUGUGUUUGCUUUGUCAUAAAAACCACCUAAAAUAAUAAGUUUGUGUUUGCGUUUCAAAUAAGUUAAAGUUCGUAUUCUCAGCAUAUAUAUGCUUUUUAAAUAUUAAUUGUGUUCAUGGAAA